AUGGCUCGGGUGAGAUCUGCUUUCCGCGCGCGCGCGGGUGCUGCUGGCGCUGCUACUAGCGGUGGCCUGCAGUCUGCGGUGUACCGUGUGCGUUCAAGUACCAUCCGCUCCCAAGAAGGCGCUUUACAUCGUCCGCCUUCGAUCCGCUCCCCCCAUCACCGGCUAUCGCGGCGGCAUUGCUGGAAGUUCAACCCGCGGCUGCCGCACGUGCGCGCGUUCGGGGAGUUUCUGAAGGCGCAGCAGGACAGCCUGGCGGCGGAGAUAGGGACGACCGCCAUUUACAAUUUCAAAUUCGCGAGCAACGCGUUCGCGGCGAUGCUGACGCCGAAGCAGGUGUGGCGGUUGCAGCGGCACCCGGACGUGGCGCUGGUGCGGCGGAGCGGCGUGGCGAAGCGGCUCGGCAUGCCGUCGACGUCGUUCCUGGACCUGCAGCGCACCGCGUGGAAGCAGGCGGGCGGCGUGGGCAGCGCGGGCGACGGCGUGGUGGUGGGCGUGAUCGACACGGGCAUCUGGCCCGAACACAAGAUGUUCCUCGAUGACGGCUCGUUCACCAAGCCGGGGUCGUGGGCGGGGACGUGCGACGCGACGUCGGACUUCCCCGCGUCGCUGUGCACGGGGAAGCUGGUGGGCGCGCGCACGUUCUACACCGGGUACGAGGCGGAGGUGGGCGCGCGCGACUUCACUGAUGAUUACGACUCGCCGCGCGACUCGGACAGCCACGGCACGUGGUGUGCGGGAGCAGCAGUGGGCAACAGCGGCGUGACCCUCGUCACCCCCUACGGCACGAACCUGGGCACGUACAGCGGCGUCGCCCCACGCGCGAGCCUAGCCGUGUACAAGGUCUUUUGGAAGACCCAGGGCAGCUCGUCCGCCAGCUUCACGGACAUAGAGGCAGCGGUGGACCAGGCCAUGGCUGACGGCGCCAACGUGCUGAGCCUCAGCCUGGGCGCUCUGGACCCCUCCAUGACCUACUUUGAUGAUGUUGCGUACCUGCAGGCCAAUGUGGCGGGCGUGACAGUGGUGUAUGCAGCGGGCAACUCAGGCCGUCCGCCAGGCAACCUGCUCUUCCCCUACAUCUUCCGCUCUGUCUCCAACUUCUCGCCCUUCUACCUCACUGUCGGCGCCAGCACGAUAAACAAGGCGAGAACACUGUACGGGAGGAAGGCCGCUCCCAGAACCACUGCUGCUUCCACCACCACUCACUCCACCGCUGCUGCUCUCCUCCCCGCCACUGCGCUGGAUGACACCACCAGCAGCAGCGGCAGCAGUGGUAUUAGCAGCAGCAGCAGCAGCAGCAGCGAUCUGGACGAGCAUCAGGCAGCUGCUGUGCGUGCAGUAGUGGCCAUGCAAGAAGCACGCACUGCCACCCCUGCCUUCCCUGCUGCUGCUGCUGGCAGUAGUUUGGCUGGAGACACAGACUAUCCCAUAGCCGGCCCUGUAGACGGCACCACCAGCACCAGCAGCAGCAGCAAUAACAGCACGGCUCUAGCAAGUGAGCUCGUGCAUUCCCUGCAGGAGGAAGGCAUGGUGGUGGUAGGCAACUGGCCCGCCCUGCACUCCACCCCCGUGCUCCUCGCUGCUACCGCUGCCCUCCCCGGCGCCAGCAGCACUGAACCCGCGCGGCUGUGCCUGCCUGGUUCGCUGGCCGCUGCUGCGGUGAGAGGGAACGUGGUGGUGUGUGCGAGUGGCGGGUCCACCGUUGGGGAGAAGGUGGCGGUGGUGGCGGCGGCGGGAGGGAGAGCGGUGGUGGUGAGCGGGGUGGAGGUGAGUGGGGAGGAGGAGGGCGGGCAUGAGAUGCCGUGCACGCUGGAAGGGAGCGCCUCCAAUUGUUCCGCCUCCUCCUCCUCCACCGUGGGCAACAACAGUAGCAGCAGCAGUGGCGGCAGCAGCAGUGACAGCAGCAGCGUCAGUGGUACUGGUAGCCUAGGCAGUGUGAGCAGCGUAAGCAGCGGUGGAGGCAGUAUGGAGAGCAUGUUGAGUGGCAGCGAGGCAUGGGCGGUGCCUGUGAUGCUGGUGGACCAUGAUGACUCGGCCGCCAUGUUCGCUCUCAUCAAUGCGCUCACUGCCAAGAACACUGGCAAAAAAGGCGGACGAAGAGCAACAACCCUAUCAAUCCUGGACAUAUUCAACUACAUGAAGGGCCCCGUCGUCGCCACCUUCUCCUCCACGGGCCCGCUCACCCCCAUGACAGCGCGCAACCGCGGGCCCUACCCCACCAACCACGUGCUCAAGCCCGACAUCAUCGCUCCAGGCGUCAACCUCUACUCCGCUGCUCCCGGCACCAGCCCCAACAACGCCCAGAUGCUCUCCGGAACCUCCAUGGCCACCCCGCAUGUAGCCGGGCUCGCAGCGCUGGUGAUCCAGGCGCAUCCGACCUGGACGCCUGCACAGGUCAUGUCUGCGAUGAUGACCACGGCGAGAACGCACAACAGCGCCGGUACGCCGAUUUUCCAUGCGUCGGCCACGAGAGCGUCGCCGUGGCACCUCGGGUCGGGGCAUGUCAACCCCGAGAAGAUGCUGGACCCUGGGUUGACGUACAAUGCGGUGGAGAAGGAUUAUAAGAACUUUCUCGCCGGGAGGAAGAUGCGGUGGGCUAAGGCGAUGUUUCCUUCGGAUUCGCUGAGUGCGCUCAAGGCGUAUCAGCUGAACCGGCCGUGUAUAUCGGUGCAGGGGCUGCGGAACACGGUGGUGAUUGUGCGGCGGGUGACGAACGUUGCGACGAGCACGUCGACGUACCGGGCGAAAGUGAAGCAGCCGUUUGGGGUGGCUGUGAAGGUGAAGCCGAGGAAGUUUACAAUUGCGCCUGGUGCGACGCAGGUGUUUAAAGUGACGCUCACGCUGCAGCUGCCGUGGAAGCUGUUUCGGUUUGGUAGCCUGUGGUGGCUGGACGGUAAAGGGCACUCGCAUUCUAAAACCUAUAGAUUCGCUUGCUUGAACGCAACGCUGCGCCAUAUGCCGCCGUCGCCUGCGAUCAGCAUGGAAUCGUUCGCGUGCCCUCGUUUACCUUCGCCUCGUGCAAUGCUACGCGCUAAUGGCUUCGCGCCUUCAGCCGUGCUCGCUAGUAAUUCCUCCGCUCCGCCCUCCUACAACUUCCGCGCUCGCUCUCUCCCCCCGUCCGCGCACUCCUUGAGCCUUCCCCCCUCUCGUGCGCUCGCGUCCCCUUUUGCGGAACCCCCGGUUGGCCCCGCUCUCUCCUCCGCUCGUUCUUCCGCUUCCCCCUGCCCUGGCUCCCACCCGUGCGCUCACCGCUCCGCCGCCCAUCAGUUCGCGCACUCCUUCGCGCAGGGCGGCGCGGAAGCAGUCGCCUCCCCCGAUGCCUGCGCCCGUGCGCUGGUUCCGCGGGCGGGCACGGAAACCUCUGCUGGCGCAAACUCAUCCGGCGACGACCGUGAGCUUUCGCGCCGUCGUUCGUCGCCUGUCGCAGGCGAGUCGCAGCCGCUUCAAUCGCAGACGACGGUCGUCGCAGCAGCAGUCGCAGAGCCAGUCGCGUACGAGCCGCAGCUGGGCGACCGCGUGAUCGGCGUCGUAACGCGCGCCGCGGGCGACGGCGGGUUGGACAUCGACAUCGGCGCGCGGCUGCUGGCGCGCGUUCCCGCGCGCGACGCCGUGGCGCUGUGCGCGUUAGGGGAAAGCGGAGGGGGAGGCGGCACAGAGGACUACGAUUGGCUGGUGCGUGGAGGGAUUGGGAAGGGUUUAAGGGGGUGA